GUCGCGUUUCGUCUCGCCAGAGUGAAGCAAGACUUCACAUCGCUAAUGGAGAACAAACUGACACCCUGACCGUGUUACUGCUUAUUUAAUUUCCUGCACAUAUAACACAGUGGUUUUGUCUCAAGAUGGCAAGUUACAACAGAUGCCACUAUGACCAGCCUAUGGGCUUCUUCUACAACAACAGCAACAUAACCACAACCGAGUGGGACCGAACGCAGCUCAUCCUGGUUCAAUGUGCUGGAUCCAUUUGCUGUGGUUUCAUCUUAGUGGCUAAUGCCCUGGUCAUCACAGCGGUGAUAACCAACCGGAGGUUUCACUACCCCUUCUACUAUCUCCUCUCCAACCUCGCAGCCUCGGAUUUUCUCGCCGGCAUCGCUUACGUGUAUCUCAUGUUCAACACGGGAAAAGUAUCUCACGAACUGACAGUACAGGUCUACUUCUUUCGGCAGGGUCUACUCGACAUAAGCCUCUCGGCGUCCCUGGCCAACCUUCUGGUGAUCGCCCUGGAGCGCUACAUCUCGGUGAUGAACUGGAAGAUUCACAGUAAUCUCACCAAACGUAGAGUGACCCUCCUGAUCAUCCUUGUGUGGGGUAUCUCCAUAUUUAUGGGCACCGUGCCUAGUUUGGGCUGGAACUGUAUUUGUAGUCUGGAUUUGUGCUCUAAGCUGGCGCCCAUCUUUAGCCGGAGCUAUCUGAUCUUCUGGUCUGUGUCCAACUUGGUGCUUUUUCUCAUCAUGGUGUGCAUUUAUUUGAGGAUAUACAUCUAUGUGAUGAGGAAGACGGUGGUUUUGAAGGCUCACACGUCUGGAUCUAUAAAUCGCAAGAGGACACCGGUCAAACUGAUUAAAACAGUGAUGACUGUACUGGGAGCGUUUGUCAUCUGCUGGACCCCUGGGCUUGUGGUUCUUCUCCUGGACGGACUCAACUGCGAGCGAUGCGAAGUCCUCAAGUUCAAGCGUUGGUUGCUCCUCCUCGCCGUCCUCAACUCUGUCAUGAACCCGAUCAUCUACUCUUAUAAAGACGAGGAAAUGUGGACCACCAUCAAAAACUUGAUGCGUUGUGUUUGCAGCGGAACGAGACGUCAGAGGUCGUCCAGGGCCAACAUUCAACGCAACUCGGGCCAUGAGACAAGUACCAGCCUCAAGGAGAACACGACGGAGGACAGCAAAGUGUCCACACAGGAGAUGCUGACGUCCUGAAUUUUUAAUAACAUGGCGCGGCAUUGCUCUUUAAUUCACUCACAGUAUGGAUGAAGUAUUAGUUAGACUGAUACUCAAAUGACUUUGAUGACAGCAUACAAAACAAAGUACUUUUUGUAUAUUUUAGGGAUAUUCCAACUGUUAGGCAAUGAAGAAUGAGUAAUGUGGGAUAUUCAGAUUGCCUGCAUGAAUGGCAAUGCACAACAUGUCAAAGCAUGUGCGCUACCCACCAGGUUACUUUUCUGACAGAAAAGUGCACUUGAGCAAAGUUGUGUUUUACCUCAGUAAUUCAGCUUUGGAGAGUAAUUCAAAUGGCAUUUUUCAGAACGCUGAGCUAAUUUUAUUGGUUUGCUGUACUUGGCAAGUAAUAUUUGUGAACCUGUUGAUUGCUUUUUCGUAUACUUGUCUUCAAUCCUGUAUGUAGUAUGCAGAUCAUGUUAUAUGCUGUAAAUAUUACCGUAAAGAUUGUUUUGUAACAUACUGUCAAUAGCAACCAUGUGAGAAAAAUGUGUCAGAAGUGAGUACACUUUUUUUUGUAAGAUUAAGUACAAAAAUAAGUUUUUAACACUUCUGCUCUUUUCAUGUACAUAGAGGUAGUUGCCUCAAAUGUACAAAAAUCUAACACUAUUCUGUAUACAUUCAGAUUAUGUAAACUGCCCGAUUUUUUAAUCCAAAUCAAGUAAUUGUUGUCUUUGAGAAACCAUUGAAAAGAUUCUUUAGCAUCUUUAGAUGAAUGCCAAAAUCUCUAUAACACUGUAAGUGUAACGCAUUUAUCAGACCAAAUAAUAUAUGCUUUGAACACUAAAUAUGUCUGCAUUUUAAAUUAUUUAACACCUGCAAAUCAGUGUUAAUUUUGACAGCAAAUUUUGAUUUAGUUUUAGUCAUAGUCUUUUGACGAAAAUGCAAUGUAGUUUUAGUCACAUUUUAGUCAACCCCAUCAUUUUAGUUUUAGUCUAGUUUUAGUCGACGAAAUAUGAAAAACAUUUUAGUCGAAUAAAUAUACAUUAUAUUUAGUCUACUAAAAUCUAAAUGGUUUAAAUCAUUUACUUGGUGUAAUUAAAUGUUCCAUACAAAGAUUCAACUGUUUUGACAUAAUUUACUUCACCUUAGAAUACAAUUAAACCAGGUCAUUACCUUUAUUUUUCAGAAAAGUUCAGUAACUAGAUAUGCAUUGUUGGAACGCAGAGUAUUAGACCAUGAACGACAUGUUCCAGUUCAUUCAGUCCCAUUUGACUCAAUUGACUCGUUAAGUUGGGCGUGUUCAUUCAACCAAUGAAACGCUCUGACAGGGCUCACACUCAAAGGCUAUUGGCUCAUGGCAUGCCUCUUUGAAGUAAGCGCUGCACUGUCUUUGCUUGAGACAGCAAUGAAUGAGAAUAGCUUUCAAAAAGACAUAUUAUAUAAAUUGUAUUACAUUUCUUUAGUCAUGCAAACAUGUUACAUACUUGGUUGGAAUGUACAGUUCGACUCACUUCAUCACUUCUAUAAUCAGUAGAGGACGGCGCUGGUUUCUUUUGGCUGACUUUGUUGCAUUUCACGUUAUGCAGCAGCUCGUGUUAAAUUAACAUAGGCAUAUAAAAACACUUGAGCUUGCCUUCGUAAUGUGUUUCGGGGUGACUCGCCUGCAGUCGCGCUUCAAGUUUGCGGCGUUUUACCGGCGAUCGUGAAGGAAAAUAAGACGCUUUGUAAACCGCGUGGAGACACCUAUGCUUUCCCUUCUCCCAGAGACUUCUCUCUGCCGUUUAUAUGAGAUAAGCAGCACAUGCGCGCAAUCUGAUGUCCGCCAGGUGGGACAAGAAUAUUUUCGUCUCGUUUUUAUUAGUUGACGAAAAUGUCAGUAUAUUUUUAUUACAGUUUUCGUUAUAAUGCAUUCAUUUUUAUUUAGUUAUCGUCUCGUUUUCGUCAGUGAAAACAUGUCGUUAACGAAUACUUUUCGUCAUAGUUUUCGUUAACGAAAUUAACACUGCUGCAAAUAAAUGGUAGUAGAGGUACACUGUAUAUAGAACAGAAAAAAUGUCCAGGAAAGAUUUAUAAAUGUGUUAAACACUAUCAUUUAAACCUAAACGAGUUUGUAAAUGAAAGUGUCUGUAUAUAUUAUUUUACAGUAUUCUUUGACCAAAAAUAAAAGAUACAAAAAUACUUAAAAAUAAGUAAAUGUCUUUUUUUUCUCUGGUAAACAGGGUAGGGUAGUACCAUUACAGAGUUUAUCCUUACAUCUUAAGAGCCACUCCCUAAUGUACAGACAUCAUAGGCUAAAUACAGCUCAU